GAGAGAGCGCGCGGGAAGCAGGAGGAGAGAGAGAUUGGGAGGAAUCCCAUCCACCGAUCGAGGAGGAAGAAGGGGAGGAGUUGGAUUGGAGGAGACCAAGAUGCGGGGCGGGACGGUGCAGAUCAACUGGCACGACCUGCAGCCGGUGCUCAGCCUCGACUUCCACCCCGCCUCCCGCCGCCUCGCCACCGCCGGCGCCGACCACGACGUCAAGAUCUGGGUCGUAUCGUCGGAUGGGUCGGAGAGCAGGCUCCCCACAGCCUCCUUCCAGAGCGGCCUCGUCCCCAACGGCACCGCCCACAGCUCCGCGGUCAACGUCCUCCGCUUCUCCCCAUCUGGGGAAUAUCUUGCCUCCGGUGCUGAUGGUGGCGGUAUUAUCCUGUGGAAAUUGCACUCUACUGAGGACGGUGAGGCAUGGAAGAUUCACAAGACGUUACUGUUCCAUCACAAGGAUGUUCUUGACCUACAGUGGUCACGUGAUAGCGCAUCCCUUGUUUCUGCGUCAGUUGACAACACUUGCAUAAUCUGGGAUGCUAUUAAAGGUACAGUGCAGCAAAAGUUAGAGGGACAUCUACAUUAUGUUCAGGGUGUGGCAUGGGAUCCUCUGGGCCAGUAUAUAGCUUCACUGAGUUCUGACAGAACCUGUAAGAUAUAUGCAAAUAAGCCUCAAGGCAAAUCAAAGAACGCAGAGAAGAUGAACUUUGUUUCUCAGCAUACACUGGUGAAGAUAGAAUAUCCAAAUCAUGAUGAGUCUAAGCCAACCGUUAAAUCUCAUUUGUUUCAUGAUGAGACACUGCCAUCUUUCUUUCGGAGGUUGGCAUGGUCACCUGAUGGAUCUUUCCUAGUACUGCCAGCAGGUCUUUCUAAACACUCCUCUGAAGUGAUUAAUACUGCUUAUAUAAUGUCAAGGCGUGACCUCUCAAGGCCUGCCAUACAACUUCCUGGGGCAAGUAAAGCUAUAGUAGCAGUGCGAUUCUGCCCUGUUCUAUUCAAACCGCGUGGUUCUAACUCAGAUGGUUUCUCCAAACUUCCUUAUAGAGUUGUUUUUGCUGUCGCUACUUUGAACUCUCUGUAUGUCUAUGAUACUGAAAGUCUUCCUCCAAUUCUAAUACAUGCUGGUCUACACUAUGCUGCCAUUACUGACAUUGCAUGGUCUUCUGAUGCUAAGUACCUGGCACUGUCAUCACGAGAUGGCUACUGCACUAUAAUAGAGUUUGAGAACGAGGAACUGGGACAGACUCACAUCCUCCCAGGGACAGGGGAGCUUGCUGAAGGAAAUGUGACCUGUGAAAACAAGAAGCCGGUGGCAGCAGACAGUAUGGAAGUGGAUGCUUGUGACAACAAAGUCAAGAUGGUAAGCAACCCUGUGGCUGUCGAAGUGACGCCGCCACCAGUGUCGGCCAAGAACAGCGCAUCGAGUAAGCCUACUAAGAAGCGGAUUACUCCUAUCGCAAUUUGACUAAGUAGCUGAAGCAGUUAGGAUCAUGAUGGGUUAUGUAGGGCUACCCUGUAAAGUUGAGUGUGCAGCCGUGUUCACCAUCUGCCCAAGUCCCCAUAAAUUGUCUUCCUGCUCUUGACACAAUGGGAAAUGUGUGGACACAUAGGUUGUGCAUGAGCACACUAUUAUGAAGCAACAUGCAGCCACUAACCGGCAUCUUACACUA